AUGGACGCUCUAAAUUCUCAAUCUGUGCUGUACACCUUCUCCGUCGCAGCCGUGAUUGCGCUCGUCGCGCUGAAAUGGCUGUCCGAUCCGAGGGAUCCCAACCGUCGGCGGGUCGUCGCUCCCGGACUAUCCUACUUCUCCGCUCUGCGUUUCCUCCACGAUGGGAAGAUCGUGUUAGCUGAGGGAUACCAGAAGUACUAUGGUCGCCCCUUCAAGGUGGCCACCCCCGACAGGUGGGCGGUCAUCGUCAGCGGCCCCGAGAUGACGGAAGACCUCCGAACGCGCCCGGACGACGAGAUGUCUUUCUUGGAGACCGCCGAAGAUAACUUGCAUACGCACGCGACCAUCGGGCGCCAGUGGAUCGACGAUCCGUACCAGUUCGACCUCGUGCGCGGGAAGCUCACGCGCUCGCUGCCCGCGAUCGUUCCAGACGUUGUACAGGAGAUCUCUUUGGUCGUUCCGCAGUUCAUCCCCGCCAAGGGCGACGAGUGGGCGGCCGUGACGAUGUUCCCGACGGCGCAGAAGAUCGUCGCGCGGCUCAGCAACCGCGUCUUCGUCGGGACGCCGUUGUGUCGCAACGAAGAGUUCCUGGAUCUCACCAUCCAGUUCGUGCGGGAGGUACUUCAGCACCGGGCCCACAUGAAGAAGUUCCCGUUCUUCUUGAAACCACUGGCGGGGCUCCGAUCGGGCCGCGUGAAAGCCAUAGUAGAGCGAGCGGUCACUCUGCUCGCUCCCAUCGUGGAGCAACGGAUGGCUGAGCUCCAGGAACACGGCGCCGACUGGGACGACAAGCCCAACGACAUGCUCACUUGGAUCCUCGAGGAGUCCAUCCCACGCCGCACGCCCCUGGCGGAGAUCGUCCAGCGCGUGCUCAUGCUCAACUUCGUCGCGACGAACACGACCUCGCAGAGCGCCACCCACGCGCUCUUCCACCUCGCCGCGGACCCCGCGCUGCUCGCCCCGCUCCGGGCGGAGGCCGCCGCCGCGGUGGCCGCGCACGGCUGGACGAAGGCGGGCCUCGGCCGCCUCUGGAGGCUCGACAGCCUCAUGCGCGAGUCGCAGCGGACGAACGGGGUCUCCCUCUUGUCGGUGAUGCGCAAGGCGCUGAAGGACCUCACGCUGCGGGACGGCACGUCCGUCCCGCGCGGGACGCUCGUCGCCGUGCCCGCGCUCGCGACGCACCUCGACGCCGCGGUGAACGGCGCGGGCGCGGACGCGUUCGAGCCGUUCCGGUGGGCGGAGAUGCGGGGGGAGGACGCGGGCGAAGGCGUGAAGCACCAGUUCGUGAACACGUCCCCGCUGUACAUCCCGUUCGGACACGGGCGGCACGCGUGCCCGGGGAGGUUCUUCGCGGCGACGCAGAUGAAGGCGCUGCUCGCGCACUUGAUCGUCCACUACGACAUGGAGAUUGUCGGUGGGGGCGGGCGGCCCGCGAACGAGUACUUUGCGGAGUUCGUCAUGCCCGACGGCACCGCGCAGAUCAGGUUCCGCGAGCGGCGGGAUGUUCCGGCGGGAGUCGAUCCUGACUUCGUGACGGACAAUGCGUUCUAA